AUGGCUUCCGGUGGAGUCCCGACUGGGGCUUCCGGUGGAGUCCCGACGGGGACUUCCUAUUGGCCCAGCAGGGUGGAACUGACAAUCUCCUGUGAAAACCUCAUGGACAUGGACGUCUUCUCCAAGUCUGACCCUCUGUGCGCCUUGUACAUCAACACCUCUGGCUCACAGUGGCACGAGUUGGGACGCACAGAGAUGAUCCUUAACUGCUUGAAUCCAAAAUUUGCAAAGAAGUUUGUCAUCGACUAUUAUUUCGAGACUCUGCAGAGGGUCAAAUUUUGCGUGUAUGAUAUCGACAACGACACUUAUGACCUAGGAGAUGAUGAUUUUCUCGGGGAACUCGAAUGCACUCUUGGUCAGAUUGUUUCAAACAAGCAGAUGACUCGAUCUUUAAUGUUGAAGAAUGGGAGGCCAGCAGGCAACGGUACUAUCACAAUCUCUGCUGAAGAAAUAUCGGACACUAGGGUAGCAAAUUUUGAGGUGUGUGCCCGCAGACUGGAUAAAAAGUUUCUGUGGUGGUCCGACCCAUUUCUGGAAUUCUACAAGCAGACGGAUACCGGAUGGCAGUUGGCUCACAGGACGGAGGUCAUAUACGACAACCUCAAUCCUACUUGGCGGCCUUUCCGCAUCUCCCUGCGAUCUCUCUGUGGAGGAAAUGUUGAGAAAACUAUAAAGGUUGACUGCUAUGACUAUCAUGUCAGCGGUUCCCACCGUCUCAUUGGAAGUUUUAAAACCACCCUCUCUGAGAUGCAAACUGCAACACACGUCUCCCCUGUCGAGUUUCAGUGCAUCAACCCAAAGAAGCUAAAGAAGAAAGACUAUAAAAACUCUGGGGUCAUAUACGUUAAGAGCUGUAAGGUGGAGAAAGAGUACACUUUCCUGGAUUACAUCAUGGGGGGUUGCCAACUUAACUUCACUAUUGCCAUUGACUUCACUGGUUCAAACGGUGAUCCCAAUUUACCCAAUUCCCUCCACUACAUCAACCCUGAGGGCUUUAAUGAGUACCUAUCAGCAAUCUGGGCAGUGGGAAAUGUCAUCCAGGACUAUGACAGUACCAAAAAGUUUCCUGUUUUGGGGUUUGGAGCCCAGAUUCCUCCAACUUGGCAGGUUUCCCAUGAGUUCCCUGUCAAUUUCAACUCAUCAAGUCCGUUCUGUGAUGGCAUUGAAGGUGUGGUGCGUGCAUAUCAGCUGUGUCUGCCUCAGUUAAAACUAUGGGGACCGACCAACUUCUCCCCAGUUAUUAACCGUGUAGCAUCCAUCGCCAGACAAGGUCUCUACCAGAAUAAAGCUGCACAAUACUUUGUGCUGCUCAUCAUCACAGAUGGCGUAAUCACAGACAUGGACUUGACACGAACGGCAAUCGUAGAGGCCUCUCGCCUGCCUAUGUCCAUCAUCAUCGUGGGUGUCGGUGCGGCAGACUUCAGCGGAAUGGAAUUCCUUGACAGUGAUGACAAAGCGCUGCUGUCACCCACUGGUGAAGCCGCUGCGCGUGAUAUAGUCCAGUUUGUGCCUUUUAGAAGUUUCCAUGGAAACAGUGUGGCGCUGACACAAAGUGUCCUGGCAGAGCUGCCCGAACAAGUGUCGUCCUUUUUCAAUUCAUACAAGUUAAAACCUCCCAAUGCGUACAGCGUGUAG